UGUUGCAGGUUUCUCUCACACUUUCUCUCUAUAUAUUCUCUAUGCUGUGAACGAUUAUGUGUGGGUUCGUUCUGUUCUUUGGUUUUGAUUGUUUGGGUUUUGUUUAUGUCGUUUUAACAAUCUUGCGCUAUUCAUUUAUGGAGGAGCAAUUCAUACUUAGAGUUCCACCUAGUGUGGCGGAGAGGAUAGAGCGUCUUCUGAAUGAAAACAAUCCUUCUUCUUCAUCUGAAGACAAGUCAUUAGAUUUGUCAUUCAGUGAGGAUGGAAGGGGUGGUACGUUUGUGAUUGGGAAUGAUCACUUCCCAGCUUCUCUAUUGGACCUUCCUUGCGUUGUUGAAUCUUAUAAGACUUAUGAUGAUAGCUCUUUGAUUAAGACUGCUGAUAUUGGUCAGAUGAUUAUGGUGAGGGAAUCUGGUGAUGCUGCUCCAGAUGUAAUUGAGUACAGACAUGGCCUCACCCCACCCAUGAGAGAUGCUCGCAAGCGUAGAUUUCGCAGGGAGCCUGAUCUUAAUCCUGAGCUUGUCUCCCGUGUUGAGAAAGAUCUUCUCAAAAUCAUGGCUGGAGGAACAGCAGACAAUCUUGAUGUGGAAGCAGCUGAGCAAGAAGGGGAUGAGAAUGCAAGAGGGGCUAAUAAAAAACCUGCACCUACGCCUGCACCAAAACAUAAUGUCUCAGAGAAUCUUACAAAUGCAGGGGAGCCUGACAGGAGUGAUUCUGAGGAAUCUGAUGACUCAGUUUGACUGAAAUCAACUACCAAAGAAUAUUUAUAUCACAAUGAUGAAAGCCUGUAUAGCAUAACUUUUGCUGUUAAAUUUGAAUAUUAUACAGCAUCUUAAAUUCUACUAAAGUGGAUUUACACCCCACAUUGUGCAUUACACUUGAUAAAUGUUUUGUAUUUUACGCUUUGUUUGAUUGUUAACCUUUGAUGUCUUCAUUUCCCACGGAUAUAUGAGAAUAAGGGUAAGCAGGUGCUCUUAAGGGUG